AUGUCGUUCAACAACAAUCCUCAAGUUAAUGGUUCACCACAAAAUACACCUGCAGUUAAAACUGUACAACAAUUACUACAUCAGCAAAACUCAUUGUCUUCUUUUCAAGUCCUGAAAAAAAUUGAAUCUUCAGUUUCUACAUUACCAACUCGCAUUGUUAUAACUUCACGACCUACAACAUUUCAUUAUUCUAAUGAAACAAUACCACAACAAAGUGAUAAAUCAAACGUUGAAUUACCAGUUAUUGGAACAUUUUCAAAUUCACCAUCUUCUCAAAGAUGUUCGUAA